AGCUGAAGGACACGGCUUGGCAUGUUACAAUGGAAGGACAACACAACCAUCCGCAUCACCUGGGAGACCAGAACUUGCUCUGCAAAGUGGCCAGCCCGGAAUAUCAGCAUGAGACACAACAGAGACACCUCUAUCGCUGCACUUUAGCAGAUUUUCAGAUUGAGAAGAAAAUUGGGCGAGGACAAUUCAGCGAGGUCUACAGAGCGACUUGUCUUCUGGACAGAAAACCGGUGGCAUUAAAAAAAGUACAGAUAUUUGAGAUGAUGGACGCAAAGGCCAGACAAGAUUGCAUUAAAGAAAUUGAUCUUUUGAAGCAAUUGAACCAUCCCAACAUAAUCAAGUAUUUGGAUUCGUUUAUCGAAGACAACGAACUGAACAUUGUACUGGAGCUUGCAGAUGCUGGUGACCUUUCUCAGAUGAUUAAGUAUUUUAAGAAGCAGAAACGGCUCAUCCCCGAACGGACCGUCUGGAAAUAUUUUGUGCAGUUGUGCAGCGCGGUGGAACACAUGCAUUCCCGCAGGGUGAUGCAUAGAGACAUCAAACCAGCCAAUGUGUUCAUCACAGCUACUGGAGUCGUGAAGUUGGGAGACCUGGGCCUGGGGCGCUUCUUCAGCUCUAAAACCACGGCUGCACAUUCCUUAGUGGGAACACCAUAUUAUAUGUCCCCGGAAAGAAUACAUGAAAAUGGCUAUAAUUUUAAAUCAGAUAUCUGGUCUUUGGGCUGUUUACUGUACGAGAUGGCAGCUCUUCAGAGCCCCUUCUACGGCGAUAAAAUGAACCUUUUCUCCCUCUGCCAGAAAAUCGAACAGUGCGACUACCCACCUCUGCCAACCGAACAUUACUCCGAGAAGUUGCGGGAGCUGGUCAGCAUGUGUAUCUACCCGGAUCCAGACCAGAGGCCCGAUAUUGGUUACGUGCACCAGUUAGCGAAACAGAUGCACCUCUGGACAUCCAGCACUUGAAGCGCGUGGCUGCGCGUCCUGCGAGGAGAACCGUUCCCGGCUUAGUCUUACUUAACUUCUGUCUCAGACGAAACCAUGCGGUGCCUCAUCGAACUCAAAAACGGCUUUUGAGUUGAGUUGAGCCGCCUUUAGGGAGGAUCCUUCCAUGAUUUCUGUACAGGUGCCUAGCGGGUGGAUCUGAUCCCAGCCACGGCUGUGCGAUGCGGCAGCCAGCAUUGGGUUGAGUUGCCUCUUCCGAAACCGGAUAACAUGUUACCGAUGUAGAUCUCGUUUUUUUUUUUUUAAAGAUAUUUUCUUCAAACUGUUUGUGUGUAAUCUUAAGCUUUGUAGCAAUGGUUUCUGGUUGGUGUAUUUUUGACAUACCCCUUGUAUGUUUAACGAAUGUGAAAUAGCGGGGAAAUGAAUUCCUUUGGGAAAAUCACUUUAAUCCUAACGUUAAGAAUCACAAUACAUUGUUUUAUUUUUUUUUUCGGGGCGGGAUGGGGGAAGGUGUAACGUGUAUAACUGCUGCUUUGCUUCUUCUAGCAGUGGUUAUUAGCAAGUUCAGAUUUCAAGUUCGUGUAUUUUUUUAAAAAAACAAAGACACCCAACCUGCAUUUUUAAAAAUUUUCGUUUGUAUUUCCCUCCGUUGCAAGAAAGCGGUAUGGAGGAGGAGGAGGCUGAAUUUUUCUUUUUCAACAAAUCUUAGAAUGAUUUAUUUUGCAGCGUGUGUUGUCAGCUCUGGCUGCUCAAACCAGGGAGGGCUUUCGAACCAAAGGGAAUGUUGUUGUGUUUUAUCACAUUUUUUUCUGGUUCGAGAUUGCCACGGCCGCUGCCGCAGUGACUCCGUAGCCCGGUGAGUGGUUUGACUAAAGGCACUGGGGUACCAUUCUGUAAAGCUCAUCUCUGUAAAGCCAGGGUUGAACCCCCUAAAAUUCAGGGCACCCCCACGGGCCUCGAAACUAGAUAAGUCCGGAGGAAAAUGGCUUUGAAUUCCCAGCACGAUGGCCUGCAUUUUUUUUUUUUUUUUUACUGUGAAAACUCAUUUACCAAUGUGAAUACUUUUUAAACAAGCUGAUCUGAAGGAAAACAAAACAAAACAAAAAAUCCAGACUUUAAGCGUUCCGGAGAUGUUAAGGCUUAAAGGAUUUUUUUUAUUUGACGGAGCCUUAACUCUGGGACCGCCAUGGCUUGCAAGCAGGAUUUGGGGGGGGGGACCCUGCCUUGGGAGAGGAAGAGGUAGUCGUCAUAAGCUUCUUUCUGGAGGCUACUUUUUAGAGGCAAAAGAAACGGCGAAGAAACGGCGGGAAAUAAAACACAGUUUUUCUCUCUUGGAAAAUGAUUAAAGAUACCUCUCUACUGGCAGGGUUUUUGCAGCUCCUGGGUCUUCGAAAAAGCGAAUUAAGUCACCGGUUUGGGACAAAAGGUUUUAAAGAAGGCAGGGUAGGUGGGAUGUGGGGGGUGACCAGAGGGCCCAGGAAAAGUUUCUCUUGAAGACUCUGCAAAACGGCUCUCAACUGCUGAAGCUUCUGCCGAAAACUUUCCUCCGCUCUGCAGGUGAUAUUUUUGGGGGGUUGGGUUGGGAACGCUACCUAGUCUUGGGGGUAAUAACUUUGAAAAAGUUUUGGACUGUUGGGGGAUUUCGGAAAGAUAAAUUGCUCGGCUCCACCUGACUGCGCGCUCUCUCUCUCUCGUGCGCUGUUAAGGCCUCCUCUUAGCGCUUAAGUCGUCAUCCUUUUGACGAAAGGGAUGGGGCGAAGGCAACUCUGCAUUUUUAGGCAAGAUUUAAAAUGAUUUACCAAAUAAAAGUUUCCUUUGUAAAAAGAAAAA